AUGACGGAAGAAUCAAUUCUCGUACACGGUGCGCGCGAGCACAAUCUAAAAAACAUUGACGUCCAACUUCCAAAAGACAAACUCAUCGUUUUCACCGGCGUUAGCGGUUCCGGCAAGUCAUCACUGGCAAUUGAUACCGUUUAUGCCGAAGGACAACGGCGAUACAUUGAGUCUUUAUCGGCGUACGCACGGCAAUUUUUAGGACAGCUCGGAAAACCAGAUGUAGAUGAGAUUAUCGGAUUAUCUCCCUCCAUUGCCAUAGAUCAGGGAUCAACAGGACAUAACCCCCGUUCCACGGUGGCAACCAUAACUGAAGUCUACGACUACCUCCGUGUACUCUAUGCACGCGUUGGACAAUUCCACUGUCCCGAAUGCGGACGUGAAGUCGGUUCACAAACUGCCGCGGAUAUCGUCCAAGCUCUGAUCGACUACCCAGAACGCACCAGACUUAUCAUUUUCGCACCGAUUCUGAGAGGUUCCCGCGGCGCGCACGAAAGAGAACUCGAAGAUUUACGCAAAGCGGGUUUCGCAAGGUUGCGAAUCGAUGGUGAAAUAUACGAACUUCGACCCGACCUCACCCUCACUCCCAAUCAACGCCACGACAUCGAUGUCGUCAUCGACCGGAUUGUCAUUAAAGAGGGUGUUGAACCUCGCGUCGCCCAAGCCGUGGAUACUGCACUCUUACGUGGAGACGGAAGCCUCCUUGUCCACGUCGUUCCCACUGAAGGCGAGGGAUCUCCGUUUGUGUCGGAGGAAGACGACCUGCUGUUUAGCAAGGAUUACACUUGUGCGCACUGCCGGAUCAGUUUUGUGAAACCGGAACCUCGCCAUUUCUCUUUCAACAAUCCGGAUGGCAUGUGCGAGAAUUGUCGGGGUUUAGGCGUGGAAAUGGGAAUCUUACCAAAGUUGAUUGUUCCAGAUGAUACCCUCUCCAUUAUGCAAGGUGCCAUAAGUUUGUGGGGACCUCUUGAUAAGCGAGAUGUCCUCAAGGAAAAGGUAAUCGCUGAAGCACUCGCAAAACACCUCGGAUUCGAUAUUGAGACCCCUUGGAAGGACCUCACACCGGAGCAGCAGCAUGCCAUUCUCUAUGGCACCGGCGACGAUAUUCUUACGAUUACCACCCCCGGUAAGGGCGGACACAAAAAACGAAAACGACGACGGCAAUAUCGUGCCCAUUUUCACGGCAUCAUUCCAACUGAAGAGCAGAAGUAUCACUUUGAAGAUGACGAUGAAACCGAUGAAGACACCUUCCCCGACUAUUUUGUCAAAAUGCCCUGCAGGACAUGUGAAGGCACCCGACUUAAUCCGUGGGUGAAAGCCGUGACGAUAGGCGAAACCUCCAUAACGGAUAUUCUUGAAAUGUCCAUCCAGGACGCAACCCAACUCUUCGGCGAGUUAGUACUUCCAGAGCGCGAGGCUUUCAUCGCAACCGAGCUCCUAAAGGAAAUUCGAGGGCGGCUCGGGUUCCUUAUGGAUGUCGGAUUAGGAUACUUGACGCUCGCUCGUUCUGCACCGACACUCUCUGGUGGCGAAGCACAACGGAUUCGUCUCGCCAGCCAAGUAGGUGCUGGAUUACGUGAUGUCACCUAUGUUCUUGAUGAGCCGAGUAUCGGCUUGCACCCGCGCGACCACGCCGGUUUACUCAUGACCCUCUUAAACUUGCGGAAUCAAGGCAACACCGUUAUUGUCGUUGAGCACGAUGAGGCAACCAUGUUAGUGGCUGAUUGGAUCGUCGAUUUCGGUCCCGGUGCAGGGAUUAAGGGUGGGAAGAUAACGGAUAUCGGCACACCGGCACAGUUCAUGAAGGAGAGCAAUACACUCACUGCCCAAUAUCUCCGAGGCGAUAAGGUGAUCGUUCAACCGGAAUCCCGUCGUCCGACAGGGGACAGGUGGGUGCAAAUCUGCAACGCACGCCAGAACAAUCUCCAAGGUAUCAGCCCUAAAAUACCGGUGGGUACGCUCUGCUGUGUAACAGGUGUGAGUGGGUCUGGAAAGAGUUCCUUAAUUCACGAUAUUCUCUACAGGGCACUCGCCCGCGACCUCAUGAAAGCAAAAACUGUACCCGGGGGAUUACGACGAUAUUCGGGGCAUCAUUGA